AUGAAAAUGCCUAUCGGAUUUGUCGAAAGACCUCCAAGUCCUGCGACAAAUGCUUCAGAUAGCAAAAGUGUCGCAGAGUCAUUGACUAGCGAGAAUUCAUUACAAAUCAAUUCUCCAAGACCGCAAAUGGAUGUCGCUUGCGUUUUGGAUCUUCAUCAAUCCGAACAUUUAAGUCACAGGAAAAAAGCAUUGGAAGAAUUGAAAAUUGCCUGUAAUCAAAUCAAUGCACAAUUACAUCACAUAACAUUUGAAAAAUUAGAUUUCGGUGAAACUAACAUGGUGGAUACAUUUUACAAUGCAGAUGUGGCUGUUAUUGAUUUAUCAAUUCAAUUACAGCAAAGCGGUUUGUUUUAUCAUUUAGGUGUGAGAGAAUCGUUUGGAAUGAAACAGAAUAUUGUUAUGUUAAACGAUCAAAAUCCGGAAUCAACGCUGAGAUUAAAGGUAAUCGAACUUGAGAAAAAUAAUAAUGAUGAUGACAAUGAUAAUAGAAUUUUUCUUUCAAAUUCUCGAUUGUGUGAUUUCAAAAAUAAUUUUUGCGUCACGACGAAUCCAACGGCGGCAAAAUUUCAAACGGACGAUGCCGCAUUAGACAUGAAACAACCGUUAAAUGUUAAAUUGAAAAAAUUAUUACAAGACGUUGAAAUUCAAUCCAAAGUUCACAUGAAAGAAAAAUUUCUAUCGGAUUUACGUAAAGCACGUGAAAUAUAUGCAGGGGCCGAACUAUCCAAAGUUUUGCAUAAUUUAAGAGCGAGAUUAGACGAUCCGAACAUAUUAAGCGGUGACGUCGUGUUAAAUUUAUUAAUAUCGUUCAGAGAGAUACAAGACUACGAUGCCAUGGUGACUUUGGUAGACGAUUUGAAAACUGUUCACACUAAAAAAAGUUACAUAAGCACUCCGCUAAUACGAUAUUUAUACGCGUUCGCAUUAAACAGACGUGAUAAACCCGGUGAUAAGGAAAGAGCUUUAAACGUUAUUGAAGAAGCAUUAAAACACAAGGAAAAUCAUUUUCCCGACAUGAUUUGUUUAUGCGGAAGAAUUUACAAAGACAAAUUCGUCAAAUCCGAUUAUCAGGAUUCUGAAAGUUUAAAAAACGCCAUACACUGGUAUCGGAAAGGUUUCGAAGUUCAACCCAACGAAUACGCGGGAAUCAAUUUGGCGACUCUAUUAGUCAUAGCCGGCGGUGAAAUAUCGAAAUCGUCGGAAUUACAACACAUAGCUUUGGUACUUAAUAAUUUAAUCGGUAAAAAGGGAAGUUUGUCGUCGUUGAAAGACUACUGGGACGUGGCGACAUUUUUCGAAAUAUCCGUUUUGGCCGAGGAUUACACGAAAGCGAUUCAAGCGGCCGAAUGCAUGUACAAUUUAAAACCCCCCAAUUGGUACCUGAAAUCGACCAUCGGAAACAUAUCGUUGAUCGAUCGGUUCAGAAAGAAAAACGAAGAGUCUGAAUCGUCACCGGAAGAACAAAUAUUUCAAUAUUGGAUGGAAUAUUUUGUCGAAGCUAUCAGUAGCGAAGUCGGAGACAUAAUUAGGUUUCCGGUAUUGGUGCUCGAACCCAGCAAGGAAUUGUUACCGAGUUACGUGAACGUUAAUUUGGGGGCCGAAGAAAAAUCAAUACAAUUAUGGAAUUUGUGUUUGGAUCAAAUGAAAAACACGUGCAAAAAAGUUCACGAUUGGUUAUUUCCCGCCAACUCGAUCAAAAGCGUGAGUUUAUACAAACGAGACGAAAGAUGUUUGUUUUUAUACGUUCAUCACAAUUCGGAUGAUUUUCAAAUGUUUUUCCCAAAUUCCGAAUACCGUCAAAAAUUCUACGAUCUCAUAUUGGAAAUGACGAGAGACCAAGAAGGAAUGGUCACGGAUCUCGAUUCGGAUCUAUCUUGUCAUCAGAUAAAAUACGAAUACGAUUUGGAUGAAAACGGUAAAAGGAUCGUUCUCGGAAAGGGAACCUACGGAGUCGUUUUCGCCGCGAGAGAUCUCAACACUCAAGUUCGUAUCGCCGUAAAAGAAAUACCGGAAAAAAAUCUCGGCGACGUUCAACCCCUUCACGAAGAAAUAAAACUUCAUUCGCAAUUACGUCAUAGAAACAUAGUACAGUAUUUGGGUUCCGUGUCGGAAAAUAAUUAUUUUAAAAUAUUCAUGGAACAAGUUCCCGGAGGUUCUCUGUCCGCGCUUUUAAGGUCGAAAUGGGGACCUCUGAAAGGAAACGAGGGAACGAUUAGUUUUUACACGAAACAAAUGCUCGAAGGUUUAAAAUAUUUACACGAUCAAAAAAUCGUACACAGGGAUAUAAAAGGUGAUAACGUGUUGGUGAACACGUAUUCGGGAGUCGUUAAAAUUUCAGAUUUCGGAACGUCGAAAAGAUUGGCGGGAAUAUGUCCGAGCACGGAAACGUUCACGGGUACGCUUCAGUACAUGGCACCGGAAGUUAUCGACAAAGGACAAAGAGGAUACGGAGCUCCCGCCGACAUAUGGUCUUUGGGUUGCACGAUCGUGGAAAUGGCAACCGGAAAACCUCCCUUCAUCGAAUUGGGAUCCCCACAAGCGGCCGUUUUCAAAGUCGGAUUUUACAAGACUCAUCCGGAAAUACCCGCGGAAUUGAGCGAUCGUGCAAAAAAUUUUAUAUUGAGGUGUUUCGUAGCGUCACCCGAUGACAGAGCCACGGCCGCCGAACUUUUAGAAGACUGCUUUUUACACGAAAUGAUUUGUUCGAGAAAGGGAAAUAAUCAAAAAAACGGAUUAAGAACUCAUCAAUCUCAAGAUGAAUGGUUGUCUUGGAUUCGCUUUCCCUUUUCAUGUUUAAAAAGACAAAAAAGCAUGAUGUCGGCCUCGACGUCGAUGGCGGCGGCGGCGGCGACGACAACGACUUCACCCACUCUAGAAACGGAUAAUUCACUCGAAACAAAUUCGACGGUUUCGAGCACGCGAAGAUCAUCGUCGACCGUGUACACACUCGGAGAAAGUGAAUCCCGAAACGGUGGAACUCAAACGGAUGCGGAACAAGAUGGUUUUUACUUGUUGAAAAAAGACAGUCAGAGAAGGAUGACACUGAGUCGGGUGCUAAUGCAAGAUGAAAUGAAAAUAUGCGACGAUUGGAUGAUGCACAUAGAUCACGAAAUCGGGGAUACGAAUUUGACUUACAAUCAUUUGGAAAUGCUUCUUCGGGGAUUGAAAGAAUACAUAGCGGAUGGAAAUCGUCAAGCGGUCGAAACGAUGAUAAGAAACAUCAAAGAAGAAUUGGAAUUCGAUUGCGAAGCGCUUAACCAUCUUCAUUUGGCUAUUUACCUACUCCAAGAUUCGAUAAAUAAAAUGUUGAGAUCUCACAGCAUCAAACCUCAUUGGAUGUUUGCUCUCGAUAAUCUAGUCCGUGACGCGGUUCAAGCCGUCGUAACAGUAUUAUCCCCCGAAUUGGGAGCUAAUCUCGCGGGAGAAGAUUUACAAAAAUCGCGGCUCGAUGGUAACCUUUUGUUUUCUUCAACGAUUCAAUUUUUAAAAAAUUGCUUUCCACUUCUACCACGCCCCCUCUUUUUCUCAGGUCAUUCUUAUUUGGGUUCGAGCACGAACAUUUCGACGAAAAAUUCCGUGGAUAGUUACGGGGAAGUGACACCGUCCGUCAAAUUACACUUGGAUCAAAUCUCGAUUCUCAAAUCGGAAAAUUUCAAAUUGAUGAACGAAGUCAUAGAGAGUCAGAAAACGAUACACGGUUUGUUGAAACAAGUUUUGGAAGAGAAUAAAAAUCAAAUACAAUUUUUAAACAACACUCUCGAACAAAUAAACAGCGUCGAAAUUAACAUGACAAAUCACUCACCGGAUUGUUGUUUGGUACCGCAAAUCUCGACGACGGAAAACUAUAACGAUCCGGAAUUGUCGAAAUGGCUGUCGGAAGUCGUAGGUUUGGAACAAAACGUCGUUGAUAAAUUUCUAACGGAAGAAUACACUCUCGACGAUGUGUUGAAUCAAAUCACGAGAACGGAUUUGAAAAGAUUAAAUUUAAAGGGAGGAACGGAAUUGAAAAUAUGGAGAUCGAUUUUAGAACACAGAUCGUCAUCGUCGAAUAAGAAAAAAGAAGACAACGAGGAUAAUGAGGAUUGGCAUCAAUCCCUGGAAUACGUCGACGCGAUCGAUUGUUUUAGUCGACAAGAUGUCGACACGUAA